UCAAGACUUUCAGAAUGGACCAGAGGAUGGUCAGUGGAAGUCUACCAAUAAUAAUGGGCCAAAGGGACGAAAGGCUUCUCUACAAAGGGCCACAGGGCAGGGCGAUGCGGGGAUCGUUGUACAGCCAGAACAGCUUGAUUCUCGUAUUGAGCAGGGAUCAGUACAUCCUUUCCCCGCUAAAUGCCAUCAUUGGCGAUGAUCUUGGUUUUUGUUUUUUGUUUACAGAGUGGCAUGACAGUGGGGGACAACGAGAGAAUUGUCCCUCAAGCCCGGGGCGAUGAUAUCCUCUAAAUCUGGAUGAAAACUCCCCAGGUCGACGACUAUCGUGGCCCAGAUGCGUCUCUCUACCAGACACAUUUCCUCUACGAUUGCUCUUCGGCGACUUGCGCUGAUAAGACACGCGCCGACCAGCCUCACCCUUCUCGACGCGUCGACAUUGAGACAUGUCAACGGCAACUGGCCCAGGCGAAGACUAUCAUACGAUGAUGAUUUCUCAGCUUGGUGUCCAGGUGCCAAAACGAAAUGUUGAAUCACGCGUCGAGACAUUUGAGAAGCGGGCAUCCGCUCAAGCCGGAAAUGGGCUCAAAGCCAGCAGAUUUUUGGUGGCCAGAACCGACGGCGACGUGCGAGAUUAUGCGAACGUGGUCUGACCUGUGAACACGCAAGAUCUGGCUGACUGUGAUAUUAUGCCUGUUGAUGACGAUGCAACGAGCAGAAAAGAAUUUUCACGAGUCUCCCGUUAUCAUCCAAUCGAUCGCACAUGCCUCGAACAAAUCCCUACCGAGAAUCCUGAUGCUCGUGAGCAAGAGGGCAAAAACUAGACAAUCGAAGACAAAAGGGACUCGAAAAGGUGGGUGAAUCUGAAGAAGCGAAGAUGAGACUGGGAACGGUCUGGUCUUGGAUCUAGGCUCCUUUGCAGAAGCUUAUAGGCUCGAGAACAUCUUCAAAAGCUGAUUGAGCCUCGGAGAGCUUCGCAACGUGAACCGAGCUCAGCAGUGGUGAGAAAAUGACCGAUGUUCAGCGGCAUGAUGGCGGCCAAAGCCAACAGAAGCCAACAGCCAGCACGUUUUAUCGGGCCAGAAUUGGACCGUCCAACUCAAGCGAGCACAUAUUGCAUAGGUACCAGACCCGAUCUCUUGGACUGGUGGGCAUCAAAACGUGGGCUCUGGCUCCCCUGAAUCGCCCACUUUUAGCCUGACCUGCAACUCUCGAGCCUCUGCGCAGGACCGUGUCGUCUGCCGCUUGUGACUGCAUAUCCCCUUGUUGUCUCCCGGUAUCAAAAACUGCUUCUCACAAGAUUGCGCAGACUAAAAGCUAUUGACAAGCCCGAGCUCGAAUUCUCUAACUCUUACGGGUGCUGACACGAGAUCCUGCUGAUGAGAUGAACCUCCAGUAGUGGGGGAUAACUAAGUUAAGUACCCGAUAGGUAUGUGAGCGGAGCAUCGAGGCGACAUGAAUACUGUGUGCACGUUGAACACGGACUCUGCACAGUGAAGAUACAAGCGCAAUGCCUCGGUGAUAUUGCACGGAAUCCGGUAGUAUACGAUGAGCUUGAUGAGGUCUUGUUUUUCAUACCGAACAACCAAUGUGUAUGUGGCCAGGCAGAGGUAUACACAGUACGGAGUACUACCGGUACUAGUUACUGUACGGGCUCGGAUUGAAGAGUGGCGGGGAUGUCGGGUGUGCGCAGGCACAAUCGUCCCCGCAAUCUUGCCAGGGCAGUGGGCGCAGUGGGCAGCACAAUGCCGCCCAAUGGCCCCGCAUCCACCAACCAUCAGAUCUUCAGCUUCGGGUUGCGCUCCUGGACGUCUUCCAGGUGCGUUCUCCGAAGUGGUGCGCCUCGAUUUAUUUUAUUGCCUUGUCCACUUGCCGGGGCACGCUUCUCCCCGCCCUUUCCAGUGCUCAAGUAUUAAACAGAACGAGAUAGAGCAACCUCAAUCUCACGGCUGCAGUCUCAAUCCUAUCGAAGCAAUACAUCUUCCGUCACUAUGGCUUCCAACGGUGCCAACGGUAAUAAAUCCUCUUCACCGGCCUUCGAUUCCUCCUCUACUAUUCCAUUAUGGCUCGACGGCAAGGAAGUCAAGCUCUCUUCCACAUUUGACGUGGUUUCCCCCGUUGACCACAAGACCCUCUACAAAUGCUCCGCGGCAGUCGAAGAGGACGCUCUGAAAGCCGUCGCAGCAGCAGAAAAAGCAUUCAAGUCAUGGUCGCAGACCAAACCCAGCUUUCGGCGAGACAUUUUCCUCCGAGCGGCAGAAGAGUUCAAAAAGAGGAAGGACGAACAAAAACACUAUUGUUCCACCGAGACUGGCGCAGCCGAGUCCAUGUUCGCAUUCGAGCACAACCUAGCCUACGAGGCCUGUCUGAGUGUCGCAGGCCUUAUCCAGCCGGCCAGCACAUCCUCAAUGCCCGUGGUCGCCGAGGAAGGGGCCAGCGCCAUGGUCCUCAAGGAGCCAUUCGGCGUCGUCCUGGGUAUUGCGCCCUGGAACGCCCCGAAUGUGCUCGGCCUGCGCGCCUUCCUGCAGCCGUUGGCUAUGGGCAACACCGUCGUGCUCAAGGGCCCUGAAGCCGCACCAGCGACUUACUGGGCUCUCGCGUCGAUCUUCCACAAUGCCGGCCUUCCAGCAGGCUGUCUGAACACGAUCUACCACCGCCCCGGUCCUGAUGCGGCGAAAGUUACCUCGGCGCUGAUCUCGCACCCGGCGAUAAAGAAGAUCAACUUCACCGGCUCCACGGCCGUUGGGUCCAUCGUCGCCAGCCAGGCCGGCAAACUCCUCAAGCCGUGCGUCAUGGAACUCGGCGGCAAAGCGCCCAGCAUCGUCUGUGAAGAUGCAAACAUUCAGACCGCCGCUCUGAAGUGCGCACUGGGCGCGUUCUUGCAUGCCGGACAGAUCUGCAUGGCGACCGAGCGGAUCAUGGUCAACGCGAAAAUCGCAGAUGAGUUCAAGGCUGCGCUCAAGGGCACAAUGGACCAGGUGUUCGGCGAGCAGGGCAUGGGGGUGCCACAGCUCGUCACGGCCGCGCCGGUCGAAAAGAACAAGAAACUGCUCGCGGAUGCAGUGAGUAAAGGCGCCAAGCCGGUUUAUGGAGACCCAGAUCACCACGAACCUUCAAAGACCAAGAUGCGCCCCGUCAUCAUCGAGGGCGUCCAGCCGCACAUGGAUAUAUACCAUACCGAGUCGUUUGGGCCGACGGUGAGCUUGUACGUGGUCGAUUCGGACGAGGAGGCCAUCGCCAUCGCGAAUGAUACCGACUAUGGCCUUUCCAGUGCCGUCUUCACCGAGGAUUUGAGACGAGGACUCAAAAUCGCCAGGCAGAUUGAAAGUGGUGCUGUGCAUAUCAACAACAUGACGGUGCAUGAUGAGGCGGCGCUCCCGCAUGGAGGUGUGAAGAAGUCUGGCUUCGGCCGGUUUAACGGUCUACCUGGCCUUGACGAGUGGGUGAGGACAAAGGUCAUUACGUGGAAGGAUUAAAUAUGUAAAUACGUAUGUACGGAGUAUCUAUCCUCCUGACUCAAAUUAGUACGCCAUCAUUGAGCACGAAAAUGAAUACUCACGUCAUAUGGAGCGAAAAAGAUGGGACGAGUCACUUCAUAAGCGUGCGAGUAUCUUCAUGGUCAGAUAGGAUAUGAUACUCUAUGAAACUUGUCGUCCAUCAAGGACAAAAAAGGACUAUACAAACA